AAGCAAACAAAAAAGUACAGCAGUGACCAGAGGGACAAAAGGAAGAUUUAUUGUAAGACUGCAAAGACCUGAGUGUGCUUCUGGGUUGAGGGAAGGAGCCAUAGGGAGAGUGGGUGACCGGCCUGAGAACCAAGAGCCUGGGGCGGGGGUGGGUUCGGCCUUGGGGAGCGAUGGGAAGGAAAGAAGCCAGAGUGGGCAGGGAAGCUGCACAGUACACAGCCCCGGAGGGUUGGGAAGAAGCUUCCCCGCAGAGGAAGCUGCAGCUGGGACAGGCAGGGCUCAUCUGAUACCCCAGCUCCCGGAGCCUUCAGUGUCCUCCUCGAGCAUCUCGCAGACCCCCUGCUUGGGGCAGCAUUCAGGUGACCUUGGGGCCUCUCUCUGCUGUCAUCGGACCUCCUCGGGGAUCCAGUUCCUCAGGCCAAUCAAAGACGCCGGCGGCUUCGCCGGCAGCCAAUGGAUCGCCAGAGCAGGGCCCGCGGCGGUUGAACUCGGCUGAGGUCGGCGGCAAGGCGGUGCGAUCCGGCGCUGCGGAGUGAAGUUGGGGGCGGCUCUGCGGGGACAGCUCGGGUGCGGCCGACCCAGCCAUGCCGUCCCGAGUGGAGGACUACGAGGUGCUGUACACCAUCGGCACGGGCUCGUACGGCCGCUGCCAGAAGAUCCGGAGGAAGAGCGACGGCAAGAUACUGGUUUGGAAAGAACUUGACUAUGGCUCCAUGUCGGAGGCCGAGAAACAGAUGCUUGUCUCUGAAGUGAAUCUGCUCCGUGAACUGAAGCAUCCCAACAUCGUCCGUUACUAUGAUCGAAUCAUCGACCGAACCAACACAACCCUGUACAUUGUGAUGGAAUAUUGUGAAGGAGGGGACCUAGCUAGUGUAAUUACCAAGGGAACCAGGGAAAGACAAUACUUAGAGGAAGAGUUUGUUCUUCGAGUGAUGACACAGUUGACCCUGGCCCUGAAGGAAUGUCACAGGCGAAGUGACGGUGGUCACACGGUGUUGCAUCGAGAUCUGAAACCAGCCAAUGUUUUCUUGGACGGCAAGCAAAACGUCAAGCUGGGAGACUUCGGCUUAGCGAGAAUAUUAAACCACGAUACGAGUUUCGCAAAAACCUUCGUCGGCACACCAUACUAUAUGUCUCCUGAACAAAUGAAUCGCAUGUCCUACAACGAGAAGUCAGACAUCUGGUCCCUGGGCUGUCUGCUGUACGAGCUGUGCGCGCUGAUGCCUCCAUUUACAGCUUUCAACCAAAAAGAGCUGGCUGGGAAGAUCAGGGAGGGCAAGUUCCGGCGGAUUCCUUACCGCUUCUCUGACGAGCUGAACGACCUCAUUGCACGGAUGCUGAACUUGAAGGACUAUCAUCGGCCUUCCGUCGAGGAGAUUCUCGAGAACCCUUUGAUAGCAGACUUGGUCACCGAAGAGCAGAGGGGACAGCUGGAGUGGCGAGGGCGCAGAGUGACAGGCGCGGAGGAGCCCGAGAAGCCCGAGAAGCCCGGGGACGCCAGCCCUGCGCUGAGCGAGCUGAGGCUGAAGGAGCUGCAGCUGCAGGAGCGCGAGCGGGCCCUGAAGGCGCGGGAGGACAGGCUGGAGCAGAAGGAGCGAGAGCUGUGCAUGCGGGAGAGGCUGGCGGAGGACAAGCUGGCCCGAGCUGAGGGGCUGCUGAGGGAGCAGAGGCUGCUGUCCCUGGCCAGCACUCCAGAACUUCUUGAUCUGCCAUCCUCAACAGUUAAGAAGAAGGUUCACUUCAGCAGGGAGAGCAAAGAGAACACAGUGCAGACGGAGAGCUCCGUGAGCCAGCUCACGGCCAAGUCCAAGUGCAAGGACCUGAAGAAGAGGCUUCACGCUGCACAGCUGCGGGCGCAAGCGCUGUCGGACCUGGAGAAGAACUACCAGCUCAAGAGCCGGCAGAUCCUGGGCAUGCGCUAGCCCGGGCCGCGGGGAGCACAGCGUUCUUUGUGCGGCGCUGUGGCCUUGGCUGUUAACUGCUGUCGUUUUCCAUCCCUGGUUCCUCCUCGCCCUAGUGAGCUUGAUGUUUUGCUGUUUUCAGCAACACAUUUUAAAUGCUUCUUUCUUCUUUAAGAACACUUUAUGGAAGGAAUGAUGCUUUCUGCGUCGGUUAGGCUGUUGGCCCUGUGUGUGGUUACCAGUAGGAAUACAAGAGUCGACAUUUGAGAUGUUGGGGAAAAAAUAAUUUGCCUGAUUUGUCAGAGUUGGUAAGGUAGUUUCCAGGGGAAAAAAGUAUUCACGCUGGAGCCGCUCUUCCUGGAAAGUUUUAAAUGACUGAGUCAUGUGUUUGCAACUGUCGUGCCUCGCUUUAAAGUUGGAGUCUCGGGUUUUAAAUGUUCUUGAACUUUUUUAGGAAACCACAUUAGAUAUAAAUUGGUCACUAACCCCACGACAUCUAGUUUGUAAAUAUUUCAGUGCAGCACAAACCUGUGGCCGUGGUGGGAAUUCGUCACUGUGUUGUCUGUAUUUUAUCCCUUGUUUCUGUUUAAUAGUGUCUAUUCUGGCUAUCAUUUCCCACCUUUCUCCCACUAAAUAAAAGUUUUCCUGUAUUGCUGUGUCUUGAA